UUGCUCUGUUAAAAACUGCUCCAUACUUAAAUUACAAAAAGAUGUGAAACUAGUUUGCUUAUAACUUGUUUAUGAUGUCACUUUGAGUAAAGUCAGGAGAGUUUAAUAAGUUUGUCUCCACAUGAUCAGUGGUUCAAAAAUGUACUCACGCCCAUAUUGGGCUGAGAGAAACUGAUGGAAAUUAUUUGGCAGAAAUAUUGGAUGGAAUAGGAGAACAAGGAAAGAUGCUAGAAAUUUUCAGUAAUGGAAAGAGCAAAGCUGAAACGUCUCAACAGAUGUUUGCCUUCACCAUUCCUACAUGAACCAAGUUGGUUUCUGAUGUGUUUGUAUAAAGGGUGAGCAGGUGGUGGCCCACUGUUGGGAAUUGUCUGAAUGGGUGUUGUAGACAUGGUUUUAAUGCUGUUUUUUUAGGAUAUUCCGUCAUUUUCAUAUAUUGCUUGCUGCUUUUACAUGGCUUUCAGUCCACAUGGUAGAAAUCCUAUCCCAGCCAAUUUUAAUUAAGAAAAAAAAAAAAAUAAUGGUACAUUACGUAUCUGUUCUGGGGAAUUUGUACUGAUAAUUGCUGGAAACUUCAGCUCAGCUUUUCUCUGCUCUGGGUAACUCCUAAACAUAACAGUGUUUUGUUAUUCUUCUUUCCACUUGAAAAAUGUUAUCAAAGGAGAAAGUCUGGUAAAGUGUUCAGGACGAUCUGAAAGAUCAACAAGUACUGAAUAGUAUUGUUUGAGACAGCUCUUGCAUGAGUCUUCUCUCUCCAUCCUACUUCUACCUUGUCCCAAAGGAAAGCAAAUAUCCUAGAUUGCAGGAUGUAGAUGUGAGUCACUGCUUGGUUUUUAGUGGUGAGAAAGUUGACCGCUAUCAGUUUUCCCAAAUGGGAGUGGAAGCCAAGAAAAAUCUCGUCACAGUGUAAGUUAAAGCUUUCUUCUUUUGAGCUCUUCUGUCCUUAUCUGGCUAUUAACUGCACCAGUAGAGCUGAUAUGCUGAUUCGGCAUCCUAAGGAGAAGCCAAGGCAGCUCCAAGCCACACUUAAGGAAUUACAAAUGGGGCUGUUAGAGUCACGAGUUUGCUCCUUAGCUGAUUUAUAAAUGGUCUUGUUUUCUUUCUUGCUCUUUUGUCCCAGAGCUGUUAAUAAAUAGUCUUUUAUAACUCUCAUGUUCCUGCAGGAGAUGUGAGGAAAUAAGCCUCUGCCCUGGGGCAGGCUCUGCCAGCAUCACUCAGCAAAGAUCCUGGUUUAAUGCCUCCAGUGCAACCCCAACAGGCAGCAUGCAGACAGGGGCACUUGUCCUGGGGGUGCAUUCUUACAGUGUCACCCCCUCGUUAUCACUGCAGUGUGUCCACACAGCCUUAUCCAAAGCAUUUUGUGUCUGUAUAACUGUUUGAGACAAUGAUAAGGAAUGAAAUAAGGAAGACGUGCAAAUUGUAACCCAGACUAUGGCUUGAUUAUAAAUGGAUUUCCUUUCCUGAGCCAGAUUCUCUUCAAGAUUCACUGUAUAUCCUGGUAAUAAAUAAUCUGAACUUUGGAAACUUCUCCUGUCACAGACAAUUUAUCUGGCAAAACUCCUUUGCUGUUUUGUUCCAUGAGGCUCCAAGCAUUGCUAAGUGCAAGGCUUCUAACCAAGAAAAUUUAGGUCCAUAUUUAACUCUUAAUGUUUCCCAAAUCUGCUUUUGCAACCCUGAGGCUUUGGUAUAUAUUUUUAUUUAUUUAUUACUUUCAGACAUUUUGCUGAGGUCUGUGCCCUACAACAGGCUUUGGUCCUCUGUUUUCUUCCUGUUGGUUAUCCCUAAAAAUACCACAGGGCAAUUUGUUUCCUGCUAUUUGAAAUGGAAAUAGUAGCAGCAUAAGGAACAGAGCAUGAUAUUCAUGCCAAAUAUCAUGAGCUGAAUCCUCCCAAUGGUUUGUGGGAAUCUUAGUUAUUAAAGCUGACCUCUGAGAAAUCAGUAUAUUUUUCCGCUAAGGCUAAGCAGUGGAGGCAUUCCUCAGCAGGAAACAAAAACUAUCCCCAGCUGUUCCCAGUGUUGUGCUCUGCCAUGAAGAAAGGAGAUAGCAGUGCUGACAGCUGGAGUCACAGGUAGCAAACCAAAGAUGUCCACAACAAGGAAAAUUCUACUCAUACUCGGAUUUCUCUCCACAUUGGCUGCAAUUGCUUUAAUUGCUGUAGCAGUGACCCAAAACCAGCCACUUCCGAAGAACGUCAAGUAUGGGAUUGUGCUAGAUGCGGGGUCGUCCCACACAAACCUGUAUGUGUAUGAGUGGCCAGCAGAGAAGGAGAAUGACACUGGAGUGGUGCAGCAGGUGGAGGUGUGUAAAGUUGAAGGCCCAGGGAUCUCAGGUUAUUCCCAGGCUACAGAGAAGGCAGGUCCCUCUCUGGUGCAGUGCCUCCGACAAGCAGAAGAGGUGAUUCCCUCAAAGCAGCAUCGAGAGACACCUGUCUACCUCGGAGCAACUGCUGGCAUGCGGCUCCUCAGGUUGGAAAAUAAAGAUGCAGCUGACAAAGUCUUGUCCUCAGUCGAGAAGACACUACGCUCAGCUCCCUUCAAUUUCCAGGGCGCCAGAAUCAUCAGCGGUCAGGAAGAAGGAGCCUAUGGAUGGAUCACCAUUAACUACUUGCUUGGUAAUUUCAAGCAGUCUGGCUGGAAAAAAUUUCUACAUUCCCUGAAAUCCAUAAGUGAGACAUCAGGAGCAUUAGACCUUGGAGGAGCCUCAACACAGAUUACCUUUGUACCAGCUGAAAUCUCUUCUGAGUCCCCACAGAAUUUGCUGUAUUUCCGCCUCUAUGGCAAGGAUUACCAAGUAUACACACACAGCUUCCUUUGCUAUGGAAAGGACCAGGCUCUGCAACAGAAACUGGCCAGGGACCUACAGAGCACAGAGAACGGCAGCCUCUUUGAUCCAUGCUUUCACCAAGGAUAUCAGAGAACUAUAAGUAUCAAUAAUUUCUUCAAAAACCCUUGUACGUCAGUUGAGAAAAAACAAUUCCCUUUCAGCCAGCUGCAUAUUGAAGGAGAGGGGAAUUAUGAAAAAUGCCGAAGAAAUAUCCAGAAUCUCUUUAACAAAACCAACUGUCCUUACUCCAGCUGCUCCUUCAAUGGGAUAUAUCUACCUCCAUUACAGGGGGACUUUGGGGCCUUUUCUGCUUUCUACUUUGUGAUGAACUUUUUGAACCUGACAAAUGAUGUCCCCUUCACCCUGGACGAAGUGACCAGUGCUAUUGAGAAACUCUGCGCCCGGCCUUGGCAUGAGGUGAAGCUACAGUAUCAUCAAAUAAAAGAAAAGUACCUGAGCGAAUACUGCUUCUCCGGAGCCUACAUCCUCUCUCUACUGGAAAAUGGCUAUGGAUUCACUACAGAGAACUGGCAAAGGAUCCACUUCCUUGGAAAGAUUGGCAGCAGCGAUGCAGGCUGGACACUGGGCUACAUGCUGAACCUGACCAACAUGAUCCCUGCGGAGGAGCCUCCUGCACCUCCUCUUUCCUACAGCAGCUAUGUGGGGCUGAUGGUUCUGUGCUCCCUUGUGCUGGUAUCAGUGAUCCUGCUUGCUUUGCUUCUCUUCCACAAGCCCAAGUGCCUGCAGAAAGGGAUAGUCUAGGAAGACUAUGGAGGGAGAGGCACCCCAGCUGCUCAGGGCUAGGAGCCCACUGAAGACCAGGCUGUAGUGCAGAGUCCCUCUCUCUGAAGCUACUGACUGUGUACAACAAGGGCAUUUGUCUCUUUUAAGUUUCAAUUGCACUGACAGAUGUUGGGACAUCAGGCUCGCCACCUCUAUACCACGGACAGACAAGCGAGCGUUCCCUUCUUGAAUGGGUCGUAUUUUCAUUCACUGAAACUCUGCUGCUUGUUUUUUUUAUUGCCUUGUGCAUAGCGUUAUGAAGAGAAAAGCAGCACCAAUCUUUGGGAGCCAGUGCUCCUGCAAGAGUAAUCUCAGGGUCCCACAUGCCACUGAGCUCUUGGGAGUGAUCACACGGGGUGAUCCAGCUCCUCCUCUGCUGAAGCUGUUCCCAAGAGCCAUUCCAGCAGGGAAACUGCACCAGCACACCUCUGCUUGCCAGGCGUGGUCACUUGUAGCCAGCUAGCCCUCAAAGGCUGGUCAUGCUCCCAAAUGUCACUCUAGGACAAGAAGGGAUGGGAAUGAAGAAACUGAGCAUGCUGGUGGUUAUCGGUCCUUAGCUGGGCUCUGGCAGCAGUCUGCUCCUUUCACAGGUGGCAAGAUGCCUCUUUCCCCACGUCUUCCUGAUGUUUUUGCUGGACCAAAGCUGGCUCACUCUUACACUGAGCCGUUCCAAUGUCCCUAGGUUGACUGUGCAUCAAGACAUGAGUUCCCAGCCAGACAUUGCUGAUUAUUAUAGGAAAAGCCAUCAUCCUAGCCAAGGAUUCUUGACAAAUAGUGAGCACAUAUAUCUACAGGAACUCUGAUCUGAUCAGCGUGCCUCCACGUAUACAUCCAUUAAAACAAUCCACUGUCACUGUGCUGAUCAUACAGCAGUCUCUGAUCUAGGGAAAAUGUUUUUUGGGCCAUUUCCCUUUAUAAAAAGACAGCUGGUAAGAGCCAGCAUGAGGGCACACACAGCCUCUCUUUCCAUCAGCGAAAGCAUGGAAAAUUUGCCUUUCUUUCCCUCGUGGCUUAGGCUACUCCCCAAACAGUAACACCUAGGUGCUGUAAGUGCACUUACCACAGCCCAUCUUCUAGCGCACAACUAGAUGGUGCCACUGAUCAGGUUUAUGAAUCACUUUCUUCUGUUACCUAUUCCGUAGUCUAAAACAGAGAGGUAAGUCAGCAAUCAAUUUUUAUGGCAAUUGGAAACCACUGAUACCUAUUUGCUUGGGAGGUAAUCUAAGAAAUCUCUUCUCCUAAUGAAACACGUGUGCUGGAGGCCAAAAGAAAGCAGAUACUGUGGAGAGAAAGGCAUGGCAUGGUCAUCUUCACCUGUUUCCCUGAGCAAAGUUGCAGGAAAAGCAGGAGAUGCAACAGGGAUGAAGCUUUCUCCCUUGGGCAAACACAGAUGCAGAGCUCAGGGCUUUUGUGCUUUCCCAGCUUGUUCUUCCACAUAGUGCAGGCUGAAAAAUGUCCUCUACUUGUUUGUAGUUCAUGCCUGGAGUAGGAGCCAUGACAUACUGAAGGUAAAGGGGAAAAUAUACCCUCUCCUAUGGUAAGAUGUUAGGGCAUUUUUUCCAAAAAUGUCUUUUGCUCUGAAUUAGCUGGCCUUAGCUUCUGAUGGACCUUGAUCCACCAGUUCCAAAACAACUAACUCUUUGCUGUCAAAAUCCCUUCUAUUCUUGUUGGUGCUUGGAAGUCAGCAUUGUAUCAUAUUAAAUAUUGACCUUCAUUCUGUAAAGUGCUUUGUCUUGACUCACACGUAGCUCUUGAGUCAACUUCCAUGCAAUUUUGUACAUCUGAAGUUUGGAUGCCAAAGGUUUCAGCAGCAAGUGGUAGUAGAUGCCCUAACACUGUACAUAAAAGUAAUAGCCCUUGUUCUCUUGAUCUGUACUCUUUUUCCUAUUCAUAUAUCUCAGGGUCAGAUCUGUUCACUUAAGGUUUCAUAAGGAGCUGUUUUGUUCAGUUUAGCUCUUGCAAGUUGGCCUUAUUUUCCUACCAUGGCAAUCCAGAAUGGCUGCUGUCUCGUGGUGUGCAUCAGUCUUUUGUCAUGAGAUGUUUUGCCUUCUGCCUGGCUCUGCUGAAACACAUACUGUUCUAAGAACAUUUCUCUAAAUGACCAAGGUCAACCCACAAAUGACAUUUCCCCACGCUGUUUGUUCUUUUUCCAGUUUGUUUUAUCUGCAAACACAGAGAUGUGGGAAUUCAUAUAGAUGUGGAGCCUUCUUUCUGUCAUUUUCUCCAAGGACAUGUAUAUAGGAUGAGAUUUAACAAUAAUCUUUGGUCAGGGUAGGAAGGUAGAAGAGCUCAUCACGGAGCAGGCAGCUGCCAGUGCUGCUUAGCUUUGUCUGGCAGAUCCAUCAGGAAGUUUCUGAAACAGAUGCAGAAAAUCCACAUGGAAACUGGCAUGGAGAGAGCCUGUGCCAGUCUGCUGUUCUGGUCCCUGCUAAGGGUUUAUGCCAGAGGAAAGGAGCUGAAGUACAGAACCUGUGAGAAAAGCUUCAGCAGUGCUUUGUAUCUUUACUUGCAGGUACCACAGUAUUACCAUUGUAAGCCUUUGCUUCUGCAGUUAGGUGAUUGCCUGGUAUCAUGGCUUUCUCCUUCUGUUCUGUUCACAAAGCAGCGACAAAUCAAAAGGUAAAAGGCCCCAAAGGAGAGAAAUGCAAUAUAUUAAUUAUGUUAUUUUUAAAAGUUAAUGACUUUUAGAACACAUUUAUGAGACAAUCCUCAGAACUAGUAUUUCUAAGGGGAUACCAGCUGUGCCAUUUAAACCACCAAGCAAGCUGAGGCUCCAGGAAUAGGUUGGCCAAGGGCAUCCUACUGUGGCGAGACCCGUAUCACUCACUGGCUGUGCUUGAGCCUUCCCAGCAAAAGGUAUGGCUCUUCUCAACAACCUCCUCUGCCAUUGCAGGGUUCUGUCUGUGGAAGCUGCCCAAAACCCUGGGUCAGUUAUGAGAUUUAACGAAUGUCAAUUUCCUUGCUUCUGUGCUGUGUCUGACCCAGCAGUGUAUGGCUCAAGUGUAUGUUCCAGAGUCACUCAAGGACUUCACCCACCAUGAAUACUAUGAAAGGUAGCGGGGGGAAUUUCCAAACAUGUCCGGUGUUAGUAAUGUCAUAUCAUUUCUUUUGUUAAUACAGUUGAUCUGCCUCUCUGAUAAAUAUCUGUGCCUUAUUUCUGAUUUGCUAGAGUCUGGCUUUAAUUUCCAGCUCCUAGCUCCUGUUCAGUUUUGCUCUUCUGGGUUAAAACAUAUUUUAACACCACACAUUCUUGUCUUGAAUAUAUUUAUAUGCUACUCAGCUCCACUGGGCUGUCCAGAUCCCUGGUCUCUCCUGUCCCUGUGUUUUAUCACCAGGAGCCGUGAGAGGUGCGGCAGGGUGAGUGGCAUGGCACAGGGGUUGAGCAUGGCACUAGGAUGUUGAGCAGUACUGUUUGGGAAGGUUCCUUGUAGAUGACUUGCUCAUUUGGCUGAGCACAGGAGCAGUCUGACUCCUCUGGGACUGAUGACUUCCACACCCACAAGCUCUCUCCCAUUCACCUCAGGGUUGGGUCAGAGGCAAAACUAUCAGUGACAUUCUGGGGUAGAGAAGAGAAAGCUGUUGGGUGGAUGCAGCUUUCCCACCCCUCUUGCAGAGAGCAGCCCACUCCGCAGCAGACCUUAAGAAGUACCCUUCAUUCCUCACCCAAUACAGCCAGCCCUCCCCUCUGCAUGGGCUGAGAACAGCAGUUCUGUGCCCUGCCACUCGGCUGUGCAAUUCAUGUGGCUUCACCCUGGUGAAAUGGGUCUCAGUUUAUUCUGAUACACGCACCGAUCUCUGUAUCCUUAUCACAAUAAAGACUUCUUAACCCAUGCCAGUGAUGCUCUCGGACUGCUUUCCAGAAGAUGGGAAUGACCUAGGGGUAGGAUGAAGCUUUUGGCAUAGAAGAUGGAAAAGUCUUGAGGUGAGGUUUCCUCUGCUGCCAGCUGCUCACUGCUUUUCUGUGUCAGAUCUGGAGCUCCUGGUGGCUGGAGGGGCAGCAUUCCCUCCCGGCAUAGCAAUGCACCGUGUCCUUUCCUAUCUCCUGGUGCCUGGAAGGCACCUAGUGCCAAAAUCUCGUCUUUUCUUGGCUUCAUUUUAUCCUGAUCUCUCCAAAGCAGUUUGUCCCCCUUCCCCCCGCCACACUGCAGGCCUGCAUUCUUCUGUCCUUGCCAUCCUUCUCUCUCACCCCAGCGCCACUGGCACAGUGCCUUCAUGAUCAUCCCUGCAAAACAGGUGAAGGAUGCAAGGCUGUACCUCUUGCUUCAGGGCCGCAGCUUUGUCUGCACGCAGCUGCAGCCCAGCCAAGGUAAACAUGCUUGUCACCACUCAUUUUUCUUCCAGUGUGCACCCUCCCCAGUUUGUUCAUGCAGCUCUUAUCUUGAAUUUUCCUCACAUUUUCCAGCCUUUCUCUGGUAAAAAGAUGGCCAGAAUGAAAUCUCAGGCACCACAAGAGAUCUGUCCAAGGCCAGGAUCCUGUCACCUGCAUGAGCAGAGGAGCAGUGGGGUUAAGGGCUGGAAUGUAGGAAUUGCAUUCAUCUCCACUUCUCUGCUGUGGCACAACACAUUCCUGCUCGUGCUCCCCCUUCUGCUUCAAAGUUGCUGUGUCUUUGAACAUCUGGGGAGAGGGGAUGAUUUGUCCCAGAUGUAUUUGCUGCAUUUUCCAAAUGAUGUCUUUGUUUACUUCCUGUGUUGUUUCUAUGUUCUAUGUUGUUUGUUUCUGCUUCCAUCAGUGUUUUAAUGUGUUGGAUGUGUGAUGAAAUGCCUGCAUCUGGCCCUGUGUAGUUAUCCGAGCUGUGGAUGCCCGUGGAUGUUCCCUGUGAUUUCAUCCUAUUCCCUUUUGCUCUCAUUAAACUCUCAGCUUUGAUGAGGUAAUUUCAUUGUGCACUGUGUGCAGAGCUAUUUCCUUUUGUUUGAUUCAAACCUGCUGCCUGCUGGUGGGCUGCCUCCACGCCUGUGUUAUGGAUAAUGCUGACUAAUUUUCCAGACCCAUCAUGCGUGAGAUGUGUUCUCCGCCCACCCCAAAUCUUGCUCACAGCUCUUUUUUAGGAUCCAGCAUUCUGCCAUUUCUUUUUCUUGUUCCCCACGUCAGUGUCAUCCAUCUCCAUAGGAAAGUGUGCACUGUUCCAUGUGUCCCCUGGCAGCACCCUUCUAUCUCAGCCUGCCCUGCCCCACCAAAUCCUGCUUACAGUUGCCCCACAAGUCUCUGCUGCUUCUCCUUGCCUAUCAGUACAGGGAAGAGCUGGCAACCCCAGGGCCAUUUUGCAUUAACUAACAAAAGACGUUGUGAUGCUGAUCCUAUGCUUAAAUGUGAGUUGCUCUGAGGCUGAAUGGCAAACAGGGAAGUGGUGGAAUGGAGCUAAGCUGGAAGAAGGCAUUAGUAUGAUAACUACUAUCUUUGCAGCCUGCACUGCUUGCAUUGAAGCUAUGAGCAGGGAUGCCUUGUUAUCAUCACAGAGCAGCAAAGCUGCUGUUUUGAGUGUUUUAGCAACACUGCGUCCAUCCAUGGGCAGAGCAGCAUAGAUGACUGCACACCCUUGGGCAAGAACGUCUCUGGCAGAGAGGUGAAGGGGAAUUGGCUUCCUCUAAAUCCAGAAUCGCUCUGCAACUGUUCAUAGCCAGACCUUUUCAGUUGCCUUUAAGCUUUGGGGCUCUCUUCUGCCCGGUGCAUGUCGGAGGGCACCGUCGUGUCCCCUCCUCGCAUGGCAGAGCUCUGUGCUGCAGCAUCGCACCUCGCGCUGCUCUCUGACUGCUGCUCGGGCAGAACGGCGCGAGAGUGCGACCUUGCUCCUGUCCUUGUCCUCAUCCCCGGCCCCAGCCGUGCCGCG